AUGGCGGCUUCAACGAGCAGAACAUCACCAGGAAACCACAAGGUCCUCCUCGGCGCUCUGCUCUGCAUCGCCGCCCCCGCCUCCUUCCUCCCCGGAUCAUCCGCCAGCACGCCCCUGGUCGCCCAGACCUGCGGCAGGACGUCGAACCAGCGCCUCUGCGUAUCCCUGCUCGAGUCCAGCAACCGGAGCCGCAGCGCCACGACGGUCCGGGAUCUCGCCAUCAUCGCGCUGAGGGGCGCCAGGAGAUCGGCGCUCCGCGGUAGGCUGCGCGCGUGGGACCUCAGCUACGGGGCGCGGCGAGGGACGCCGUCGCCGGCGGGCCGCCUGGUGGCGAGGUGCGCGGCGCUGUACAAGGACUGCCUCCACGCCGCGGCGCACGCGCUGGCCAGGGUGACCCACAUGCCGGCGUACGACGACCGCGUGGCCGACGCUGUGAGCGCGCUGCGCGUGUUCCCGGAGAAGUGCCAGCGCCUCUUCCACGCGCAGGAGAUCGUGUCGCCGCUGGAGCAGGUGAACCGGGACACCGGGGAGAAGCUGGGCAUCGCGUCGGAGAUCGUUCACUUGUUGCGCUAG